CAAUGUCAACUCCACCACCAUAAAUUCCCCUCCCCCCCACCCCCCUUCUUAAUUACUCGGCCACGGUUAUGACAUGAAAGGCGGACAAAAUUAGCCAAAGAUGUCGGAAGUUUGAAAACCAUCCCAAAAGAAAAAAAUUUUCAAGCCCCUGAAGGCUAUGCACCUUCCUUCUAAAUUGACAAAAAAUUGAGAGCGACACGAAUAGAGAAAAGGAAAGAUGGGAAUCGUUGAAGAAGCUCAUAACGUAAGAGUAGUUGGAAAGGGGAAUCAAAUCGUGAUACUGGCUCAUGGCUUUGGCACGGACCAAUCUGUGUGGAAGCACAUGGUACCGCAUCUAGUCGAUGAUUACCGCGUGAUUCUAUAUGACAACAUGGGUGCUGGUACCACAAACCCUGACUACUUCGACUUUGAACGAUACUCCACAAUCGAAGGCUUUGUCUAUGACCUACUUUCCAUUUUGGAAGAGCUUCAAGUGCAAUCUUGCAUCUUCGUUGGCCACUCUCUUUCAGCUAUGGUGGGUCUCCUCGCUUCCAUCUCUCACCCUCAUCUCUUCACUAAGCUCAUCUUGAUCUCUGCCUCUCCAAGGUUUCUGAAUGACCCGGAAUAUUUUGGAGGGUUUCAGCAAGAAGAUCUGAGCCAACUAUACGAUGGGAUACGGUCGAAUUACAAGGCAUGGUGUUCAGGGUUCGCUCCGCUAGUGAUUGGCGGCGACAUGGAGUCGGUGGCGGUGCAGGAAUUCAGCAGAACCUUAUUCAACAUGAGACCUGACAUAGCACUCAGCUUGGCCCAAACCAUAUUCCAGUUCGACAUGAGGCCAAUUCUCUGCCACGUCACCGUACCCUGCCACAUCAUACAGAGCACAAAGGACUUAGCCGCACCCGUUGUUGUUGCCGAAUAUCUUCAACGCAACAUUGGGGGAAAGACCAUCGUCGAGGUCAUGCCCACAGAGGGUCACUUGCCACAGUUGAGUUCGCCCGAUAUCGUAAUUCCUGUGCUGCUUAACCAUAUCCGUUACGAUCUCACUGCGCCAAAAUGAUUCUCUCUCAACUCAUGUAGUUCGUCCCGUUUUAAGUUCCCUCCUUACGGGUAUAGUUUUUUAUUUUUAACUUUUUCCUGUCACUUUAUGUUCUUCCUACAUGCGGUUAAAUAGUCCACGCCAUUAAUAAUGACUAAAUUAUUAUAUAGUUAAUACAGUGUGUUAAUUAUUUUGUGUAUCGACAUUAUUUUUUGCGUAAAAAUUAUGUUGUUAAUUCAUUAACUAAUUACAUAGCUGAUUAACUAAUGAUAUUUUAGCAUUAACCUUUAUAGCUAGGUUAGGUGUGAAAUUUCCAAGUGUAGAUGUUUGAGUGUUUGUGAUUUUCGUUAUGAAAAUCCAAGUUUGGUUAUGUCUUGCAAGAAAAAUUUCAAGCAUGUCACUAGAUUUUGGGUGUACUACUUAGGUAGAGGAAGAAGAGAAAAAGUUAAAAAUUUGAUGAAUAAUGUGAUGUUGUAAAGAAAAGAAGAAUAGAAAGCCUAAAAGAUGUAAAAAUAUAUGAACAUCAU